UGGUCGAAUGGACUAUAUGGCUGCGAUCGAAUUGCAUGACCGGUCUCCCCGAUCUAAUCUACUAGCACUUGUCGCCAAUUUUGUCUGCUGCCUGCGUAAAACAGCCGCCGAUAGUGUAUGAGUGUGUUAUGUGACUUGUUCAUCUUGGAACCAACGGCUUAGAACCUGCUAAACAUUUGCAUGAAUCACGAACUAAUAUCCCACUUAUAUCACACGUCCAUGCAUGAAUGGCAAGCACAUAGGCGGUAACUCUUGCCUUGAAAAUACGGAGUUGUAGUUCUUAUGAGUCUGAGUGACUGGAUCCCAAUAAAGGCGAACACGAAGACCAUUCCUUGUCACCUGAUUGCUUUGACAGGUGCCAAUGGCAGAAGAUCGUAUUCCUCUUCUAAAUGAAGAUGCUGAUGAAAGUGAAGUCUCAGAUGUUGAUGUUGAUGCCUCAGUACCUGAAUAUGCAAUUGAAGCUGUUAACGUACAACCAGUACCAGAAAUAGAAAAGAGACAGAAGAAACCUCACCAUCUUUUCCACAGAAUGCAUAAAAGUCACCAUGUUGCCUUUGAUAAAUCAUUGCCUGCAACACACUCAUACUUGGGCAAUGAUCUGGAAGAUAUCAGAGGACGAACAGUGUAUGAAGACGGUGCAGAAGUUAUGCUUCCUCUUCUUCCACUGCCUGGGAUGCCAGUUCCUGGGCAGGUUAUUCCACUACAUUUAUUUCAACAACAUCUUGUUGCUGCUUUGAGAAGUAUUGCAGAUUCAGACAAGACUUUUGGCAUCGUUACAUACAGCAGCACUGAAGGUGAUGAACAACUUUCAGCUUUGAGCCAAAUAGGAUGCACUGCUGAGAUAUUUUCCAUGAAGGAUGAAAGAGAUGAAUCAACAGGUCUCUCAACACUCAGGGCAAAAGCCAGGGGAAGACAACGUUUCAAAGUGCUAGAAAUGCAUCGUGAGAUAACAGGAAUUGUUAUGGCUAAAGUACAGAUAUUGCCAGAAUUGUCAUUUUCAAGAUGUCUUGAUGAACUGCGCCCUUCAACACACAACAAGUUUUGCUUCAAUAGCAUGCAGAAACAUAUUUUGUUCAAAUACAAAAUGGAUCGGUUUGCAUGUGCUCUGCUUUCAUAUUGGCCAGACUGGGUAUAUAAAAUGUAUGAUAAAGAUGUGCUAAAAAGUCAGGUUGUGAAUGAGCUUUACACAUGGAAUGAAUCUUUUCAAUCAGUAUCUCUUCCAACCGAGGCUGCAGAUUUAUCCUUCUGGGUAGUACAAAACUUGCCUCUGGACAAUAAUAUGAGAAUUCAUUUGAUGAGCUUGAAUUGCACUGUUCAGCGCCUUCAGACUGAGAUUCACAUUCUGAGAAAGUGUACCAUUUUUUGUUGUGCCACAUGCAUGGUACAAAUUGCAAGAAAAGAAGAUGUGUUUAGCAUGUCAGAAGAGGGUCCAUUGAGUGCAUAUGUCAAUCCUGGUGGCCAUGUUCAUGAGACGCUGACUGUUAGCAAGGCUAGAAACCUUCAUCUUAUCGGAAGGUCAUCUUCAGAACAUAGCUGGUUUCCAGGUUACUCCUGGACAAUUGCACAGUGUGACACCUGCAAUAGCCACAUGGGCUGGCGAUUCACUUCAAUGAAAAAGAAUUUCUGGCCAUCAAAAUUUUGGGGGCUGUGUCGUUCCUCACUUGUUCCAGAGUUGCAAGCAAAUGACAGAGGACAUGAAGAGCAGCUUCAGGGCUAGAUUUGAGUGUCAUCACAAUCAGUGGGGUAGAGGGCAAUGGAGACUUUGGUCUUCCCACCCAGUCCUGCAGUACAUGCAACUCUGUUAAAACUGUGGGGUUUUGUGGGUUUUUUUAAGCCUCUUUAGAACCACUACUUUUGCCUAUAUUUGUAAAUAAUUUGAGGAAGUUGCUACAAAAUGUGUAGUAUGUUGUGUUCCCUCCCCUGAUUAAUCAGUCCUAUUUUGUGAAGCCUAUGUUUAGCAGUUAAUAUUGAAAACAAGAGAAAUAGCUAUAGAUAUGGCAAUUUGUGUUUGUAAUGGUGUUGGGUUGCAGGUAAUGUGAUCUGUUAUGGAAAAUUUGACAUGGCAAUAGUUUGUUGUUGGUUCAUUUAGUAGGACAGUGCUUCCAUCUUGAGGUAAUUUUGAACUAAUUUUGGGGGAGGAAACUAGAGUACCCUGGGGGGGGGGGGGGAAUAGGUGUUUUACGCCGAGCCAGCAACUAAGGCUAUAUCACGAGGGCAAGGCAGCCAGCCCUGUAAUCGGAUGCCACCUGCAGAGAAAGAACAGCGUGCCCAAGACAAGAGCUGAACCCAGGAUAGCCAACCUUCACUGUAUUGGUGACGGGAGCUAACCGCUGCGCCACCUGAUCGCCUCUGGAGUACCCUAACAAAACCCUCAACAUCCAGCCCUGCAGACAGAUGUUACAUACAGAGAAUGUCCCAAAACAAGAUCAGAAUCUCUGAGUUUCUCACUGCAGUGGUGACUACCGGGCUUAUCAUGUAAUGGUUUUCGCCAGUGUUUUGAUUUUAUGUAAUAGCACACAGUCACUUGGAAAUUAUGAUAAAUGUCAUGAAUAUAGGUCUUGCCAAUAUUCUGUAAAAUAAGCGCAUGGCAAGAGGUUGUGCAAAGUUAUACCAGUGUUCUUAUUUAUAACAGCACAUGGUAAGGGACUGGGAGCUGUUGUUGACAAAAUAACAGAUAUAACAUGGACAAUUGGGUGGGGUUGUUAUCUACCUUUCAAGAAUAUGACAGCAUGUUUAUGUCCCUUGUGUAUGUAACUUCCGGGCCGACCAAAUGUUUGUAAGAAAGAGAUGAGUGGUGAGGAAGAAAAUAUUCCUAGAUGGAAAGCAGCUUGAAGGAAUAUAAUCAAGUUCAUGGAUUAAGCAUUGGUGCGAAAAAUGCCAAAUGAUACUUUGUACAGCGAACACCUGGAUUAACACCUUGUUUAGUGGCAGAAUUUGAUGUAGCCACUGAACAUCCACAAUUUAUAAAUGAUAAAGUUGUUGCUAUUUUCUAUUGUGUAUGACAACUUCGAAAACUACUAGAAACUACCACAGUGAAGAGGUUUUGUGUAUGCAUACUUCUUAUUGUGAUUUCUGUAAACAUGAUAUCUUCAAAGCUUGUAUUUGAUUUUCCAUGUGUUCACUUUUUAGGAUUUACUACUAAGAGUAAACAAAAUAAGUGCAACAUGUCUUGUCACUGUUUGAUGUUGUUAGUACAAGUUUUUAUCACUGAUUUGAACAUGCAGAUAAAAAAAAACAUGUUUAUCAGCUGUCUGUCAUGUUUUUUAUCAAGUAUGCCAUGCCAAACAAAACUGUUAUUUUACUGAAUCACAUAGUGGAGGAUACAACAUUUUCAGAGCAUUGCCAAGUUUUUAUAUUGUGUUAGGCAGGGUUGUUGUGGACAAUACAUCACCUAAAAUCAAAACUUUUUUUUAUUCUGGCCAUAUAACAUUCAUGGAUACUGAGAGAGGUGACUCUUCUAGUCUGAAUUAUGUGUGCUUCUGUCAUUCUCUUAAUUUUUUUUAUUUUUUGGUAGGAUGAUCAGUACUCAUUCAAACUUUUCUGCGCAUAGAUGGCCAUGGGUCUGUACCUACAUGGUAUCUCUUUUGCACACAGGUUCACGGAGUUCUAUUUUUUUGUGCCGGUAUCCACAACAUAAAAUCUGGGGAAAAAAAGUUAUUCUAGCUGAACCAUUUCCAAAUAUGCUUAUGUACAUCAAAGGAAGUGACUUUUACAGAAAGUUUACUAAAUUUCCCAACACAGCCCUUCUUUCACUGCAAAAAUGGUGACAAGCAAGUUGACACAUGCCAAGCACUUUACACUCACAAAAUAACUAUAGCAAACAACUGUCACAGUAAGUGUCUAAUAAGUCAAAAAGAAAAACCAGUGUUUUUACUUUUUAAUUUGACUAAAAAAAUUUUUGCUUUUUAGUGGGAUGGUUUCUGUUAUGAAAAAACAGUGGUGGUGUAGGUAUGUGUUUGUGUACUUGCAUCUUCAAGAGAAUCAGGAAAAUUUCAUCAUAUUAUAAUAACAUGGAGCAUAUUUCACUCAUUACCAUCGAUGUGCCUCAUCCUGCAUAAUACUGAGUCAUUUUAUUCAGAAAGAUUUGUACAGGUAAAGAUUUGGUGGUGAUGUGAUCAUGCUGCUUACAUCACGCGACAGUGAAAUUACACAUUCAUAUUUUUUAUCAUUCUGGAGCCCGGUAAAUCUAUAAGGCUAUUUUUCAUCACCAUGAGUAGUGUCCAUUCAUUUCUGCUUGAUGUGUGACCAUAUAAAUCUACUGCCUGCAGGAAAUGACGUGGUCCGAGUUCCCCUUGUGAAAAAAAAACUUUAUCAAAAUUCUGUUGGCAUUACCUCAUUCUGUAUAGAUUUACAAUAAAGUGCACUUUCAA